CUAAGGUCAAAAACAUUAAAUAAAUUUUUAUCUUACUUAAUUUAUUAAUAAAAUUUGUAAUUGUUAACCUUAUCAAAUUGAGCAUCCAUUUCAUUUACGUCCGCCGUUUGAUCGAUACUUGUUAUUUCACUCCUAAUGUCAUAGUCAUCUCUCUAACGGUUACCGAUAAAAUGUUUAAAUACAACUUCUUUGCAUCUGAUCAUGCAAAUUAAGAUACCUACUUCUUCAUAAAUUGGUCGUUCAAUUACAUUAUUGUCGCCACGAACAUUGUUAUUGUUUUGCCUCAUCAUAUUAUCAUUAAGAUCUUCAUUUCGCAGAUUAAUGGAAAAUGCAUCAUUCAAUAUGAUCUCCGUAUCCGGCAUCUCUCGGAUUGCAUUCGUUUGUGAAUUGUUUUUUUGUUGCUGAAAAUUUUGUAUACUAAAUUGGGAGGACUAGUAUUGUAAAUACUUCAUACCUUUUUUAUAUACUUUCGAUUGUGCCAAGGAUGCAUCAGGUAAUGAUGACGAGGUCUUCGUUGAGUAUGCAUUUUCAGCGACUUGAUUUGUUAUUCUUUGCUUUUCAAAGUAUAACACGAACCGUCAAUAGCAGAGUUGCCAUUUCAAAAUAAGUAUUUCAAUUUGAAAAAAUUGUAUUGCAUACUAUUGAUCACAAUCUAUAAAAAUCUGUGGAAAACAUUUUGAAAAUCUACCCAUUUUUAUGAAAUAUUCAUAAAAAUCGGUAGAAAUCUGUGAAUUUUGAUAAAAUCUAUGUUCUGCGCACAAAAUUGGGGUAGCAAAAUAAGUAAAUUAUAUGUGGUUUUACAGAAAAAUCUGUGAAUAUGGUAACUCUGGUCAACAGGCCAAUCAAUGUAAUGAACAGAGAUGCCAGAUAUGUUUUAGAAAAUCUGUAUUGCUCUGUAUGAAAACUCUGUUGUUAUCUGUAUUCACUAAUACAAUGAAAUUUCUACAGUAGAAUGAUGUUAUUCUAACUUAUUAUGGUUCUAGAAUGGAAGAUUCAAUGAGCAUUUAUUUUUUAUAUCUUCGUAGUUCAUUGCCGCGCUCACAAGAAUGAACAACGACCAAAUUUAAUAUAAUUGUUUUAUCAACAACCAUUAAAAUGCAAUUCGAUAUACUUAUAUACUUUGAAAAUGACAAUAAAAGCUCAUGAUGCUUAAUGUAUUUCAGUGCGGAUAAUCACAUAUUUGCACAAAAGGAUUUCCAAUUCAAUUUGUGAUUUGCCCGUUGAUUAGAAAACUUUUAAUUUGUUUAUAUAUAUCUUUCUUGCUUUUUGCAAAAUCUGUAUAAAUGGCAUCUCUGUUUGUAAGGUCUAGAGCGGCCAAAUUAGAAUCUGUGCCUCAACAUAAUAAAUGUUUCCCAUAUUUAAUGCAUAUUUUUGUUUUAAAUCUGUGGAAAUUUGUGAGAAAUGUUCUGAAAAUCUUUAAGUUUAGCCAAAUAUGCUUAAAAUUUGUGAAAUCUGAAAAAUUUUGUGAUCUGUGCCGCAGAAUCUGUUUGGUAAAAUAGAUGAGUGUUUGGUUUUAUUAAUAACUCUGUGAAUAUGGCAACCUUGGCAAGCUACACUUUACGUCAUUCCAACAAGGCCACGUUGCAGUAGUAUAGGUGGUUAAAAUUUAAAAUGUGAAAAUCAAAUUACGAAGCAAUAUGUAUAUGAAAAACCAAAAAAACGUAAAAUACUAAAGUAACAAGCACGUCAUUCGUUUCAAGUGAAAUUUCAAUUGCUCAACAUUAUGGUAUUUGGCAUUUAUGUAGUUGAGAACACUUAAUUAGUUCAAUGCAGAAACGAUGCAACCGAAAACGCCACACAAUAACAAAUAUCUAGGAACUAUCGCUUCCAUGGAAUUUGACUUAUGUUGAACCAAGUCGUCUUACGAGCAUGUAAACAGUACUCCUAAAUAGUAAAAAAAAACUGUUCCACAAACGAAAAUGUAAUGACGUCUGUUUGUAUCCUGCAAACGGAAAUGUAAAUUCAAAUAACAUAAACGAACUAUAAUAUUAAGACUACAUGAUUUUGGAAAACCAACAUUUCAAUAAGAUGCCGAGAAUAUUUUUAACGACCUAAAAUGAGAAUAAAUUCUUUAUUUUUAUAACCUUUACAUUAUCAGCCACUGCCGACCACCAGUAGGAGGCUUGAUUACCUUAACUAUUCAUAUUUUUGUAACAGUAUGUUAAAAAUAGUUAUUAGUACUAAACUACAAAACUACAUCUUGCCACGAAUAGAAUAAUGUAAAAACUUGCUUGUAAUGCAAACUGUAAUAUAUUCACCGUUAGUAUUUAGUCUUGGUAUACUCCGUUUUAGUUUAUUGGCUGCAACGUGCGGAAGCAUCCGCUUUUUUUUUCAAAAUGGGUAAAAGUCGCGGAAACUAUAUAAAUGUGGCUAAAAGAAAAGUCCUUUUAACUGCGAACCAGCACAAUUCGAAAUUCCUCAAUAACUCGAAAAGCGUGCAGGAAAAAUAUGCUGAAAAUAGUGAAAAAGUGAUCGGAAACACAAUGGCAGCUACCGAACGUUUGACUAUCCAUGACGCCACGGUAAGUUAGUUCAUCAUGUAGACGAAAUAAACUAUUUUCAUUAUAUUUCAGGUAAAGAAAAUUGUUUCGAAAAAUCAGAAAUCAGCAAAAGAGUUUCAACGAAAAAAGCUUUUUCGAAAAUGUGCUGUUCGUGCUCGACUAGAUUUGUUUGAAAAUAUUCCGGAUGGCGAGCAAACUUCUGAAAAUAACCCAGUGGAAGAGAUUCAUCGGCAGAGUAUUGGAAAAAAAUCAGCAAGUGAUGUUAUUUUGCGAGAAAGUGACUUGGAAAACUGGUCCUUAGGUUUAAAUCGCAAAAAUGAAUUGCAUACGCUUCAAAAUGGUGAAGAGAAACACGAGUACAAUUGUGAGACUAAUUUCGUAAACAAUCCUUCACGAAAUAUGUAUGAAGGUAAGCGGCUGCUGCUCGACAAUGUUAUGAAUAUGGAAAAUGAGAGAAAAGUUAUCCCAAAAACUAAACAAACUCAAAUUAAAACGAGAAGCAAUAACAAAUGCUCCGUCACCGGAAAAAUAAUGCACGAUGACUAUUCUCAAACAGACUGUAUACCCACGAAUUUUACAGCUAAUAGAAAAAAGCUAUCUUUACCGGUUAAACGAACUUGUGUUUUACCAAUUUUACCCAGUUAUAACCCAUCUUCAACAUUGUCAGCCAACAAUGGUCUCGGUACGGUAGAAUCGAUAUCUGAUGGUAGCAUUGGCCAAAGAACUCCUAACGUCUGCAUUCCAUAUGCUCAAAUAUCGUCAUUAGACUGUACUGCAGAAUCGGACACGGGGGAUUCUCACUCUUACACAUCUGCAUCGACCGAUUCAAAAUACUCCUGUUAUAGAGAUAUUCAGAGAAACAACAUCCAGAACAAAAUCGAUUGGUAUUCUAUCGUGUGCAAAUGUGGUCAUCAAGCAGCUAUUGAGUUAUUGAUAAAAAAAUAUACAAAAUUGGUGGAACAAAAUAAAAAAUUGAAGACUAAAUAUGACGACACAUCAACAAGAUGCAUGAGUCUCACUGACGCUCUAAGCAGUAAACUUAUUGGUCAGCCACGAACUACAAUAUUCACCGAAGUAGCAGGAUAUCCCGAUCAGAAUAAACUUCGCAUGUUUUCCGAUGCCGCAAACAAAAGUGAUUACAUAUUUGUAAAGCUGCUUAUGCUUCAUUUGUGGCCCGAUGGUUUGCAAAAUCGAACGGUGACGGGACGCGCUUCUAACAACCCUCUAGGUAGAAGCCGGCAAGAAAAGUCAACUUCUUUUUGUCCGGAAUCUAGCUAUAAGCGUAUCGCUCUCGAGUCUGAAAAAGUUGAAUAUAUAUCAAAUCGUCUUCUUGAACACCGUUUAUUCCUGGGAGAUGCUCCGUCGAUUGCGAAGAGAAACGCAGAUGAGUGCUGUCGACUGAUGGCGAGAGUCAUAUCGUAUUACGGCAAAAAACGUUGAUUUCAGAAACCUCUCGUUUUAUCAAUCAUUUUCUGUUUUGAUUUCCUUUCACUGAAUAUGUAACUGACACAAUUGGAUUCCGUGUCUUUUUAUUUUAUAUGAU